CUCUGGCAUCGACGAUUCGCCGGACGCAGCAAGCACCGCCAGGGUCGCAGCGCCCCUCAGUCGUCAUUCCUGAAGGGGAAAGUGCGUUACGGGCCAUUCUGUGCGAUCUGACUGCCCAACUCAAUUCGUCGUCCCUCAUCCGACACUCACUUCACCCAUCCGAAGCAUCGUCUCAGUAUCAAGCGUUUCACGUGAUGAUCGUGUAAUGUCCAUAUCCGCGGACCAUGACGCGCCCAAAGGUACCUCCUGAGCAGCGACAGCGUACGGCUCAGGCAUGCGAGAGCUGUAAGAGGAGGAAGCAGAAGUGCAACGGUCUUUGUCCGUGUAACACAUGUGAAAAGCGAAGCUUUAGCUGCAUAUACACGGAUCGUGAACCUGGCUCUCCUACCGAUAGUGGUCCACCUACCAAAAGGCGGGCAGUUCAGGAUGGUGAAAUCGAAAGCCCGUAUGCAGACGACAACUCUAGUUCAAAGACACCAAGCAAUGGCAACCACCACCCCUCGCCCCUGGCUCCAGUCAGGCGAAAAUCUUCGGUUGCCAAUCGUCCGGCCGCAAAAAACCAAGAGGCGCAUUCGAACCUCCUGAAGCAUGAGACAGCUUUAAAGUCGCCUGGAGCCAGACCAAGUAUCGAAGCAGUCAGCGCAUUUCAACAGCUACCAACAAGUAACGCGAGUGGCGAGCAUCUACCCGCAAGAUCACGUGGAACCACUGUUGGCAGUGGCCCCGAAGAGGAGGCCAUCAUCUACAGUCAGAGCCGAAUGUUGCAAGACCCUACUGGUCGAGUCCUCUACAUAGGAGACUCGGCAACCUUGUCGUUUCUUCAACUUUUGCGCAUGAUGGUAGAGACUGUUGCUGGGGCAUCAGCCUUCACCAAUGAUCCUCGGCGGCACAAGAUAGUCGAAGGACAAUAUUCCCUUGCUUCCGGCUUCAGGCACACUCAUCUGCUCCCCGAUAUGCAGACUGCGCAUGUGCUUGCUGACGCUUUCUUCAUCAACACCCAUGGGCUACUCCAAGUGUUCGAACGAGAUCGCUUCCUGGAAGACAUGGAGGCCUGCUAUUCAGAUCCAUUCCAAGUACAACCUCCGUGGCUGUGUCUUUUGAACAUGGUGUUCGCAAUCGGGCUGACGAUGGCCACCCCCCUCUCAGGCAGCCCCGAGGCGCUUAUCAUUGACAAGCUUCGUAGCGAACACCUUGACCGAGCAGAGGUUUUCUAUUUGAACGCCAAAUCGCUGAACGAUCCUAUGAACGGUCUAGAAGACCAGGACUUUUGGUCUGUGCAGGCUUUGUUGCUCAUGUCUGUUUACAUGCUUGCCAAGUCCAAACGAAACACCGCCUUCGCUCUGCUGGGCAUGGCGGCUCGAUCUGCACACGCACUUGGUCUACACAGAGAAGAGACGAUGGUGAUUUUCACACCAGAAGAGCAGACACAGCGAAAGAACUUGUGGAGAUCGAUUUUCGUUAUUGAUCGCCUGCUUUCUUGUUCGCUUGGCCGACCUACCGCCAUCUCUGAAGACGAUUGUUCGGGAGAUACCCUUCAUCCCUCCGAGGCGUCACCCGAACAGUCAUUUGCAAUGAACCAAACGCCUGGCUUUGAAGAAACCGGUCCUUGCGCGUUGGAGGCUGCUGUGCGCAGCUGCUCCGUGAUUGGUGUCAUCCUGCGGAAGGUUUAUCAGCAACGCAAGAUCAGUACACGUCUAGCACAGGAAAUCGCUGAUAUCUGCAAAUCAUGGCCACGCGCACUCCCUUCCAUCCUACAUUGGAGACAGGCAGCGAACGCGUCGCCAAGUCAAGGUGUUGCGAUUCUGCAUGUCAACUUGUUUUACUGCCACUCCAUCAUUCUACUAACACGGCCGUUCUUCCUGUACAUUCUCAAUCUAGAGACGCAGCGACAUGUCAACCAGUCACAGCCUGGAAUAAGAGGACCGAGGCCAUAUCUGCGCAUGGAGAAGUUCAGCGAAGCGUGCGUCAUCGCCUCAACGCAUACCAUUCUCCUCGUGCAGAAUGCGUAUGAUGCAGGCUACCUGUCACGACGAAACCCAGCAGUGAUCUACUUCCUCUUUGCGGCAACACUCGUGAUACUUGCCAAUGAGUUCGCUGGGCUCUACCGAGUGGAUGCUGCCGAUACGUGCAUUCUCAACGCUGUCAGCGUCAUGAACUACUGUGCUGAGAGUGAUCAACAAGCCAGCCGCCUUGUCUACAUUCUCAGCACCUUCCGCGACGUCGUGGCCCAGCAACGCAUGAACCGAAAGCAGAGCCAAUCCGAUAAUGUGAAUCUCCCUAGCAUCUCGUCGCAACUCUACGGCGUUGCAGCGCCGACCCAGCAACACACCCAAGGUCCUAGUGCAAGCCUGACAAGCUCCACGGAUCCCAUGGGCACAACCGCCCGGCUGCAUCAAGUGCCUAUCCACAUCUAUCCUGGCAUGCAGACUGCACCCCUUGAUGCAACUCCACCGGCAUUCCAACCACCCCACCACGCGCAUGCAAACUCGCUGCCACACUUGAACCACAACCAGCUUUCGCCGCCCCAAACGGACUUCUCUGUGCAUCUCUCGCCGAUCCAGGACCCACCUGCUAGCGCAGCCGGCUCUGAUACGUACAUGCUCGGUGCGUCCGGUGUCAAUUCGCCAUCGAAACCGCCUAGUCUGAGUACCAUGCUAGAUCUGAGUGCACUGGAUAACACACGGGUACCGAGUCUUCAUAGUGAGGAGAGUGGGCUAGACGAGCACAUUGACUUCGAUGCAUUGUGGGCGUGGCCGAGUAACACGCCGGCAAUGGGAAGUCCUCGACCAGGCGCUGAGGGAAUCACGAAUACAGUAGGACUGGGUGCGAUCGGUGGCGGUGGGGAAGGAGCGCCGGUGCCACUUUUUGGAGUCAGCCACGAAAGGCCAGGGGACAGAGAGUAGCCUUUGGGUCGUGGUCGUGAUUGUGAUGGAGCGUUAUUGGGUGAUACACGAGGGCACGACCGGCGGAUGAAGCGUCAGGAGAUCGUCAGCUCGACGGAUCAGGGAACUAAUACACACUCAA